AAAAAAGUUGUGCAUAUGACGUCAGGUAUGAUUAUGACACGUGCUGGAACUGCUAAAGGCAAAAGAGGCUUUUUGCUUUCACUUCUGUCAUCCUGAUUUUCACCAGUCUUGGUUUGAGGUUAUAUCAUUCACAAAUGGGACCCGUUUGACUGUUUGCGUGUUCUACCUUAUGACAUAAAUGGACCUGAUCGACUUUGAGGAAAAUGAUUAUCCCGAAUCUGAGGAUAGUUCUGACGAUGAGUUAGCCAAUGAACUUUACUCGGUAAUUCAUCACAACGACUUCAGCCAAGGUAUACCUGAUCAUUUGCUUGAGAAGUACGACAUCAGAUUCAAUUCAGAAAACCAACUGGAGGUGUCAUUGAAAAAAGGCAAAACAGUUCAGGUUGAGAAAGAAGAGUCUGAGGUACUCAUUGAAAAUAGAGAUGAAGUGAUUUCAAUAUAUUCAAGUUCAGACGAUGAAGUCUCCGUGGUAGAAGUUAUAAAUAAGAAUAGUAAAAGAACCAUGAAGCGGAAAUUUGAACAGCGCAGAGGGAAUGACAUAGCGAAGAAAAACAAAAAAGUUGUGCUCUUAUCCGAUGACGAGAAAGAUGAAGAUCUCGUCAUGAAUCUGGAUCUUUCUGCCAGAAAUGAUUAUGAGAACGAUCCAACAUUUACAGUCUCGGAUAUCAUCCAGUCUCAAACAGACUGGAUGAAAGUCUCAAGCCCGAAAAAUUGGACUGAAGAAAUGAAGAAAUUCUAUAACGAACCAUCUGAAAACCUGAGAAAUUUUGACCACAAACAAAUUUUAAAAGAACUAAGAAAAGAUAAAACUGCAAAAUGGACAAUAAAUGUUGCCGAUACGUUACCUUCAAGAACAAUGAUGCGGUGCCGAAACUGCAGGCAGUUCGGCCAUUUUUAUAGGCAAUGUCCCAAAAAUUAUUCCAGCUGCAUGAUGUGCGGACACGAAGGCCACAAUGUGAACAAGUGCCCGAGGACAAUGUGCCUCAAUUGUGGUGAUAGAACUAAUGCAUAUGUAGAAAAGUGUGGCCGGUGCGUUGCACUCUCGAAUAUCAAGUGUUACAAUUGUCAGAGAAUCGGCCAUGAAUCCAAAAAUUGCCCUGAUAAAUGGAGGCAAUAUCAUGCCACAGUCAGUGGAGCGCUAAAUAGUAAUAAUUAUGAAAGAAAUCCUAAAAUGUUUUGCUGCAACUGUGGUUCUGCUGGGCAUCUCGAUGAAGAUUGUAGAUUCAUUGAGUAUAAGAAAAUCAAUUUUCCUAAAAUAAGCCUGUUCGUGAAUACAUAUGAAGAUGGAAAUGAGAGCUAUUGUUUCAAACAAAAUUCACAUUCUCAUCAGCAGCACUAUUCCCCCAGAAACAAACAUUUUGUAAACAAAAACAAACCAAACCGUGGGAAGAAGAGGAAUAGUUUUGAUUCAUCUGUAGAUUCAAAUAAUAAGAAAAGAAAGAAAUCGAAACGCAAUUCUUUACCCGUUAAUUCAAAAAAACAAAACAAGAAAAAUAAAAAACGCAAAUCUCGAUUGAACAACACAAUAAAUUAAUUGUUUUUAUUGCACUGAGAAAAUAUUUUGUUAAUUUGGUUUUUUAUACUUCAUUUUUUAAACCUGUAAGUAAGUGAAUGUACAUAAUCAUCUAAUGGAAUCUUUUUUUAAAUUAGAAGGACACUUAUUUAAUUAAUUAUAGUCGUUUCAUGUUCAGAAGAGAUUUUAUACAUAAAAUAUACAACUAUUUCCUACAGAA